CACGUGAGGGAGCAGAUCGAAGCCAAGAUCGAGCAAGAAGUCAAAGUGCCACCUGUCUUUAGGCAGAAAAUCCAACCCUUGGACAUAAACAUCGGCGGACAAGCCAAGUUCGAAUGUGAAAUCGAGGAUGCUCCAGGUGUGACUUUCAAAUGGUACAAAUCUACCGUCGAGAUCAAACAGAGUGACAAGUACAGGAUCCUCAGCCGCCACAACAGCUCCUCCCUGGAGCUGCUGAACCCAAUCAAAGCCGACAGUAGUGAAUACACUUGCAAGGCUUCAAACCAGCACGGCACUGCCAGCUGCACCGCCUCGCUCAUCGUCACCGAAAUGUACCCACCGGUAUUUGUAUCACAACCAGACCCAAUGACUUUGUAUGUGGGCAAACAGGCCAUGCUCCAGUGCUCACUCACUGGGACAUCACCCAUGGAGGUUGUCUGGCACAAGGACAACAUAGCCGUCUCCUCCGGAGGGAACUAUGUCAUGACAUGUGAAAAGAACAAGUAUUCGCUUCAGAUUAAAAGUCUUACUGUGGCUGACCAGGGGGUGUACCUGUGCAAGGCCUCCAACAGUGUUGGCACUGCUACGUUUACCACAGAGCUCAGGGUUGUCAACAAGCCCAGCUUUGUUCAGACCGUUGAGCCGGCGUCAGUCGCUGUCAACGACCCGCUGAGGCUGGAGUGCCAGGUGGACGAGGACACUGGUGUGACCGUCACCUGGACCAGGGAUGGCAAAAAGGUCCACCAGAGCAUGGAUUGUAAACUGUCCUUUGAGGAUAAGGUGGCUGUUGUUGAGAUACCCAAGUCUAAGCUGAAGGACUCUGGGAAAUAUGUGUGCACAGCCGCAAAUGAGGCAGGCAGUUCAUCCUGCGAGGCUGAGGUAUCAGUUCAAGAGCCCCCUACCUUUGUAAAGAAAAUGGAAAAUAAGAUAACAUGGAAACAAGGUAUAGCUGCACGCUUACAGUGCUCCGUAAAAGGAUCGCCUCAGCUGCACAUCCACUGGUUCUGGAAUGAGAGAGAGCUCAGUGAUGGAGAUAAAUAUCAAAUAUCUUUCAAGAGCGGCGUUGCCUCUUUGGAAAUACUGAACCUCCUGAUCACAGACAGUGGGAGUUACACCUGUGAGGUGUCCAAUAAUGCCGGCAGCGAGAGCUGCAACACUCUUAUAGCUGUCAAAGAGCCACCGUCCAUUAGAAAAGAGCUGCAGACAGUUGAGGCGGUGAAGGGAGCAUCCACUCAGAUGGAGUGUGAGAUCGCAGGAACAGCUCCCUUUGAAAUCAGCUGGGUAAAAAAUAAGAAAGCCAUCUCCAGUGAUCAGAAACAUAAAAUAAUCUCCCAGGAUUCCUUAUCGAGGCUGGAGAUCCAGACCUUUGAGAGCGCAGAUGUUGGAGAUUAUCAGUGUGUCAUAUCCAAUGAUGUGGGCAAAGUCACCACUAAGGCCGUAGCUAAACUUAAAGAGCCUCCCACUUUCUCAAAGAGGGUUGAGAGUGCUACAGCGGUGUUGGGAAAUACAGUAAAACUCCAGGGGACCAUAAAGGGCUCGGCGCCCAUCACAGUGAAAUGGAUGAAAGACUCUGAGAUACUGAGAGAUGACGAUUCAAACAUCAAGAUGGUGUUUGAGAACAAUGUUGCUAGCUUGUCGAUAACGACCGUGGCCAUCAGCCAUGGCGGAAAGUAUUCGUGCACAGCUGAGAACCAGGCUGGCCAACUGAAAUGCGAAGCUACCUUGACCGUGCAAGAACCUGCGAGAGUGGUAGAACCUGCAGAGUCCAUUAGUGUGACCGCAGGGGAUUCAGCCACUUUGGAGUGCACCAUCUCUGGAAGCCCAGACCUGAAAGUGAAGUGGUUUAAAGACGGGAAGGAGAUGAUCAGUGGCCGUAAAUAUAAGAUGACUCUGAAGGACAACGUGGCCACCAUGAAGAUCCUCACGGCAGAAAGAGGAGACACUUCAGAGUAUAAGAUGGAAGUGUCCAAUAAAGUCGGCAAAGACCAGUGCACAUGCUCGGUCUCCAUCUUAGAUCGGAUAAUGCCUCCAACGUUCACCAAGUCCCUGAAAAGGGUUGACGGUAACAUUGGUAAUGACGUCUCCAUGGAUUGUAAAGUGUCUGGGUCCCAACCCAUGACCAUAUCUUGGUUCAAAGACGACCAGGAGAUCAAGUCUGGAUCCAAAUUCCAGCCUGAAUUCAAAGACAGCUCUGCUUCGCUGAGAGUUAUAAAGCUGGAGAAGGCCGACUCUGGAGUUUACAAAUGCAGAGCAACCAAUUCUGCCGGCUUUAAGGAAACCAGCGGCACGCUCUAUGUCAAAGAGCCCCCAUUGUUUACAGCAAAACCAAACAACCAGGAUGUUAAACCAGGAACCACAGUUUCCUUCAAAACGGGCUUCACUGGAACAGCUCCGUUAGCUGUGAAGUGGUUCAGAGAGGAGAAAGAGAUUGUGUCUGGAGGCUCAUACUUCAUAAAGAAAGACGCCUCUUCCAGCUCUUUGGAGCUAAACUCAGUGAAACCCAGUGACUCUGGGAAGUACACAUGCCAGGUGUCCAAUGAUGCUGGGAAGGUGGACUGCACCGCAGUCCUCUUUGUGAAAGAACCCCCCGAGUUUGUGCUGAAACUCCCUGUCACUAAGUUUGUGAAACAGGGAGAGUCACUCCGCCUGGAGUGCAAAGUCAAUGGCACAGCUCCUCUGAAAGUGACCUGGUACAAACAGGACACCAAGGUCACGGAUGGGGGCAACUACAGGACAUCAUUUGUUGACUCGGUAGCAGUCCUGGAACUGCUGUCAACGAGCUUGAAUGAUGAUGGAGUUUACACCUGUGAAGCUCAGAAUGAUGCUGGCAGUGUCAGCUGCAGCACCACACUUAGCGUUAAAGACGCCCCAUCAUUCACUAAAGUACCCCAGCCCGUUGAAGGGCUGAAGGGGAAGGACGUGAGUCUGUACUGCGAGAUGAGCGGUACAGCUCCGUUCCAGAUCACCUGGUUCAAAGACAUGAAGCCUCUGAUGGAGAGCAGGAAGUAUAAGAUGGUGAGCGAGGGCAGCUCGGUCACGCUGCAUGUCAUUGGGAUAGAGGCCUCGGAUGCCGGCGAGUACGAGUGCAAAGUGACUAACAGUGUAGGAAGUGACACCUGCCAGACGUCAGUUAAACUCAGAGAGCCGCCGUCGUUUGUGAAGAAACUGUCAAACAAGACAGUGAUUCUGGGGGAGGAGGUGACCAUUGUGGCCACUAUUAAAGGCUCUGAACCCAUUACUGUGUCCUGGGUUCAAGACAAGGAUCACAUUCUCAGGGACGGUGACAACAGGAAAAUCACCCUAGAGAACAACCAGGUCGCUCUUAAAGUCUUUAAGGCUGAUGCAACCACGGCAGGCAAAUACACCUGCUGUCUCAGAAACGAUGCUGGGAGUGUGGAGUGUUUCGCUAACUUGACUGUUCUAGAACCCGCUAAGAUAGUGGACAAGCCCGACGCUCUGAGCGUGACGGCGGGCGACAUGGCCGCCCUGGAGGUCAAAGUGUGUGGAACCCCACAGCUCACACCCAAGUGGUUCAAGGACGGGGUGGAGCUGGCCUCUGGCAGGAAGUACAAGAUCUCAUUUUCUCAGAUGAUUUCCAGCCUGAACGUCCUCUCUGCUGAGAAGGUGGACUCUGGAGAAUAUACUUUUGAGGUUAUGAACGAGGUCGGGAAGGACCUAAGCAAGAUUAACCUCACAGUCUUAGAUAAGAUCAUUCCUGCAUCGUUCUCAAGGAAGUUGAAGGAUCUCAACACAGUGGUUGGAGCAGCCGGAGAGAUGGAGUGCAAAGUGUCGGGCUCCCCACCUUUCACCAUCUCCUGGUACCACGAUGGGGAGGAGAUACAGAGCGGACCCAACUAUGAGAUCAACUUCAGCAACAACAGCUGCACGCUCAAAGUGUCCACGCUGAAGCUGUCCGACUCUGGACUGUAUAAAUGCAAAGCUCUGAACAAGGCUGGAUCCAGCGAGACCUCGGCCUCUAUGGCUGUGAAAGAGCCCCCAUCCUUCGUGGUUCCCCCCCAGCCGGUGGAGGCCAUGCCGGGCUCCAACGUGACGUUCUCUGCGAUGGUGAAAGGCAGCGCACCGCUCAAACUGAAGUGGUUCAGAGGAGCGAAGGAGAUCCUGCCCGGACAAGACUGCAGUUUCUCCCUGAAGGACAACCAGGUGGUCCUGGAGCUGUUCACGGUGGACCGGUCCCACGCAGGGGAGUACACCUGCCAGAUCAUCAACGACGCCGGCAAGGAGAGCAGCCCCGUCAACCUCACCGUCAAAGAUCCAGCAGCCUUCUCUAAGAAGCUGAAGGAUGUUUCGGUGGAGAAGGGGAAACCGUUGACCCUGGAGUGCACCUACACAGGAACUCCUAAAAUCACCGUGAACUGGUUCAAAGACGGCCAGCCGAUCUUCGCUUCGUACAAAUACAACAUCACCACCACCGAGAGCUCCUGCAUCCUCGAGUGCCUGAGCACCGAUGACAAAGAGGCUGCUGGGAAAUAUUCCUGCGAGGUGUCCAACGAUGCCGGGAAGGACCAGUGUGACGCUAACGUGUCCAUCCUCGAGCCUCCGUACUUCGUGGAGUCCCUGGAGCCGAUGGAGGUGACUACAGGUGACGCCGUGUGUCUGAAGUGCCAGGUGGGCGGUACACCUGAGAUCAAGGUGUUCUGGUUCAAGGCCGACGGGAAGGUGCGCUCCAGCGCCACCUGCAGGCUGGAGUUCAGCCGCGGCACCGCCUGCCUGAAGCUCAGCAAGGCCGGCAAGGCCGACAUCGGAGAAUACACCUGCAAGGCGGAGAACUCCAUCGGGUCCGCCUCCUCCACCUGCAGACUCAACGUGCUAGAGGCCAAAUCCCCGCCCUCAAGUUUCAGACUGACCCUCUCAGACCCUCUUCUCUAA